ACUCCUCCCUGAGUUUUGACUGAAGAAAAGUUUCCGAGUGGGCCCCCGCCGGCAGUCCAGUUUAGCACGCACACGAUGACGCCGGCUGUGGCUUCGGCCGCGGCGUGGGCUCUGCUGCUGCUGCUGCUGCUGACGUCGUCGUCGGCCCGGGCGUCCGGCGAGGUGUCGGACGAGCGCCAGUACAAGCGCAGCCAGUGCAAGGCCAUCCCGGCCUCGCUGCAGCUGUGCCGGGACAUGGAGUACAGCGAGAUGCGCCUUCCCAACCUGCUGGGCCACGAGAGCAUGAGCGAGGCGGUGCAGCAGGCGUCCUCGUGGAUCCCGCUGGUGCACAAGCGCUGCCACCCGGACACCCGCAAGUUCCUCUGCUCGCUCUUCGCGCCCGUGUGCCUGGCCGACCUGGACGAAGCCGUCCGACCUUGUCGCUCUCUGUGCGAGGGGGUCGAGCGCGGCUGCGCGCCCGUCAUGGGCGCCUUCGGCUUCCCGUGGCCCCCCAUGCUUGACUGCCGAGCCUUCCCCGCCGACGACGGCGACCACCUCUGCAUCCCGCCCGCGGACAUCCGCAACGCCGUGCCCGACGUCGGGGAAGUUCCCAGAGUGUGUGACGCCUGCAAGGAAACUGAUGAAAAUGACAAUGAAAUAGUGGAGAACUUGUGCAAAAACGAUUUUGCUCUGAAAAUCAAAGUGAAGGAGAUCUCGUACAUGGACGGCGACACGCGGAUCGUGCCGGAGAACAAGAGCAAGACCAUCUACAAGCUGCACGGCGUCAGCGAGCGCGACUUGCGCAAGACGGCGCUGUGGCUCAAAGACGGGCUGCACUGCGUCUGCGACGAGAUGAACGACAUCAACGCCGCCUACCUGGUGGUGGGACAGAGGACGGACGAUGGACGUCUGGUGGUCACCUCGCUCAAACGCUGGCAGAAGGGCCGCCGCGACUUCAAGAGGAUUUCACGCAGCAUUCGUAAACUGCAGUGCUAAAAAAAUUUUUUUUAAAUGACGACGACAAAAAAAACGAUCGCGUGAAACUGUUUGAGCCGUGUUGCCCUUUUCUAUUAGCCAGAGUGGACAAGAUCGUACGAAUUCCCACGUUUAAAAAAACCCAUAAAAUUGUUCAUCCAUUUUAACCAUUCAGAGAGUGCACUUGUCAUGUAAAUAUAGGUAGUGUCACCGUCACGUUAGCGCGAAAGGACGUCCCGAAAACUUUGUAAAACAUCAGAAUCAAAUUCUUGAAAAAAAAAAGUUAUCUAGAACGAUUCCGAAAUUCCAAAAAUCGAACAAUAAUUUUACGCAAAAUUUACCUUAAAUUUCAUGUCGUUUUACAAACAUAUAUAUGCAUGCCCUUUUAAAAUAUUAAAAUAGCGUACAGGUCAUGACGUAAAUAGCGUGAAAAGGAUGCCCCGAUAAGUUUGUAAAACAUCCGAAACUUUUUUUGUUUUCCCGUAGCACGCUUGAACAAUGCGGAAUUUCCAAACCGCAUACAACAAAUUUUGCGCAAUCCUCAGAAAUACGAGAUGACGGAUUUGAUCAAAAAUGAAAAAUUUGAGGGGAAAAUGUUGGUAAAAUUGAUCAAACGUUACGAUUUGUAGUUUUUUUCGAAAACUUAAGAGUUUACAUGAACUUUGAAAUAAAAUUUCGCAAAUGUUCACGCUAACAUCUUGUCUGAUUUUUUAAGCAUUUUUUUAAGAACAAUAAUCGUCAGGGAGUUAAAUCUUCUUCCUUGAAUCCUUGGAUCAAAUUUGACCAAAUUCUUGAUUUUUCAGCUCAAUUUUUUGGUUGCAUUUUCUGACCAUGAUUUCCUUUCCUUGAAAUGUUAAUUUUCCAGCCAAAAUGUCCAAUUCCAAAUUGUUGGUCUGCUGAAUUGUUUGAGUUUCAAGGUUCCACUGCCAACCUCGUUUUGUACAACUUUUGAGUUUCCGGAAGGUCUCAGUUCACAAAAGGACACGUUUCCUUCAAUUAAUCCAGUGAAAUUUUCAUUGAAAAGAAAUGCAAAUGAAGGAUGUCAUUGUUGUGAUCCCAAUGUUUUCUCAAGCUAAAUAUGAGAGCUAGCUGGCUAUGUUCUCCGCCCCGCCCCCACCCGAUUAUUUUUAGCCAAAAACUGGCAUUUUCAUUUUCUGACUCCAUUUUUCAUAUUUGGUCUCCCAGCUUUUUAAGUCUACUGUUUUGUUACCUUAUAAAUGUUGAUUUUGCUAAUAACCACAUUGUUGUGUGUGUAUGUGCAAUAUUUGUUUUUGAUGUUUGGUGUUGUAAAUAUCGACAUUUGAUUUUGUAUCCACUUUUUUUGGAGGUGGGGGUGACAUGGGAACAAACACCGAAAGAUGGCUGUUUUUUUCUUCUGAAUUUAUGAUUUACUCUUAAAUUAAUACAAUUCAUGAAUAAAAUUGGAUUGCGUUCAUUUAAUUUUGAAAGAAAUAAAAAUGACAUGUACAAGAUGGCGUUCUCAAUUUAUUAAUCCUUUGAGGGACAGUGGUUACUUCAGUGGACAGUUUAUCGGGUUACAGGGUGCACGAAAGGGUAAAAAAUACAUUUGAUUUGUCUAAAACAAUCCAAAUGUGGAAGCAUGCAUUGUUUUGUUUAUCUAACAAAAAUGUUAAAGGUCCCUUUCUCUUGACGUAUGUGCGGCUAUUGCAGAGAAUAACACCCAGAACACAAGUGCACACCGUGACAACAUAAACAGGGAAGUUUUAUUGUUUGUUGAAUCAUUUUCAUUCUUCUAUACAGUUUCUGUCUAUAAGUCCCAUUUUCAACAUUGAUUAUAUACAUUCAUCAAAUCUUUGUCCAGUCUGAUUACACGGACGAUAUUUUGCCUCCAUUCAAUUUGGUGUCGAGCACAUUCAAAUGAAACGAAAGAAAAGCUUUCACAGUCCCCUCCUGUGUGUUGCACCGACAAAAGGAAUGGCUUUGGGCUUGCUUUUUCAACGUUACAAAAAAAAAAA